AUGUUUGGUUGGGACAAUUUAUUAUUGCCCGGGAUUAUGUAUAGGUGGAAGGUUUUUAGUGUAGUUGGCAAAUAUGAAGUUAUAUCACUGUUGGCGAUGUCAAAUGAGUUUGCUAUAUAG